AUGGUUUCAAAAAUAUUCUCUUUACUUCAUUUUUUCAAUCUCUUGUACCUCUUUACAAUUACUUUUGCGUCCACUGAGGAAGCAACUGCUCUUCUAAAAUGGAAAGCAACUUUCAAGAACCAGAAUAAUUCUUUACUGGCUUCAUGGACGCCAAGUUCUGAUGCAUGCAAAGACUGGUAUGGAGUUUCAUGCUUUAAUGGCAGGGUAAACAUGUUGAAUAUCACGAAUGCUAGUGUCUUUGCUACACUCUAUGCUUUUCCGUUUUCAUCUCUCCCUUUUCUUGAGUAUCUUGAUUUUAGUAUGAACAAUUUGUCUGGCACCAUCCCACCUGAGAUUG